CAGGGCCAACCUCUGAGCUUCAACCCUGAGGUGUUCAGUGAUCUCAACAUCCAGCCGGUGGAGCUGGCCGGGGAGCAGCACGUUACUGCCCAACCCACUGACUCUGACGCCCAAUACCUCACUGAGGUCAAAGAUCAAUGCCUCAUUCAAGAGUGUGAUGGGGAUACGAAGUCCUGCCAUAGCACCAGUACUGGAGGGUCGGAGGCCAUACUGUUGAGGUGUGAGUCCCCAGGAGAGCACCUCAACUUUGGGGCUGGGAGCACUGACUCCAACAUGUGCAUCCUGGAUCUGAAGAGUGACACGGAGAGCGUGGAGACAGACGACAGUGAUGGUAACGUUGGUUCUGAGGGGCUAGGUGCUACCCAGCAAGGAGGCAAAGAUGAGGUGUAUGUCACCAUGUCUAGUUUCUAUCAGAUCCAGUGAGAGAUGUAGAGAGAGAGAGAUAGAUUAUAUGUAUAGAGAUAUAUAUACAGUGGGGGAAAAAAAUAUUUAGUCAGCCACCAAUUGUGCAAGUUCACCCACUUAAAAAGAUGAGAGAGGCCUGUAAUUUUCAUCAUAGGUACACGUCAACUAUGACAGACAAAAUGAGAAAAAAAAAUCCAGAAAAUCACAUUGUAGGAUUUUUAAUGAAUUUAUUUGCAAAUUAUGGUGGAAAAUAAGUAUUUGGUCAAUAACAAAAGUUUCUCAAUACUUUGUUAUAUACCCUUUGUUGGCAAUGACACAGGUCAAAAGUUUUCUGUAAGUCUUCACAAGGUUUUCACACACUGUUGCUGGUAUUUUGGCCCAUUCCUCCAUGCAGAUCUCCUCUAGAGCAGUGAUGUUUUGGGGCUGUCACUGGGCAACACGGACUUUCAACUCCCUCCAAAGAUUUUCUAUGGGGUUGAGAUCUGGAGACUGGCUAGGCCACUCCAGGACAUUGAAAUGCUUCUUACGAAGCCACUCCUUCGUUGCCCGGGCAGUGUGUUUGGGAUCAUUGUCAUGCUGAAAGACCCAGCCACGUUUCAUCUUCAAUGCCCUUGCUGAUGGAAGGAGGUUUUCACUCAAAAUCUCACGAUACAUGGCCCCAUUCAUUAUUUCCUUUACACGGAUCAGUCGUCCUGGUCCCUUUGCAGAAAAACAGCCCCAAAGCAUGAUGUUUCCACCCCCAUGCUUCACAGUAGGUAUGGUGUUCUUUGGAUGCAACUCAGCAUUCUUUGUCCUCCAAACACGACGAGUUGAGUUUUUACCAAAAAGUUAUAUUUUGGUUUCAUCUGACCAUAUGAUAUUCUCCCAAUCCUCUUCUGGAUCAUCCAAAUGCACUCUAGCAAACUUCAGACGGGCCUGGACAUGUACUGGCUUAUGCAGGGGUGAGAUCUUGCGUGGAGCCCCAGAUCGAGGGAGAUUAUCAGUGGUCUUGUAUGUCUUCCAUUUCCUAAUAAUUGCUCCCACAGUUGAUUUCUUCAAACCAAGCUGCUUACCUAUUGCAGAUUCAGUCUUCCCAGCCUGGUGCAGGUCUACAAUUUUGUUUCUGGUGUCCUUUGACAGCUCUUUGGUCUUGGCCAUAGUGGAGUUUGGAGUGUGACUGUUUGAGGUUGUGGACAGGUGUCUUUUAUACUGAUAACAAGUUCAAACAGGUGCCAUUAAUACAGGUAACGAGUGGAGGACAGAGGAGCCUCUUAAAGAAGAAGUUACAGAUCUGUGAGAGCCAGAAAUCUUGCUUGUUUGUAGGUGACCAAAUACUUAUUUUCCACCAAAAUUUGCAAAUAAAUUCAUAAAAAAUCCUACAAUGUGAUUUUCUGGAAAAAAAAUGUCAAUUUGUCUGUCAUAGUUGACGUGUACCUAUGAUGAAAAUUACAGGCCUCUCUCAUCUUUUUAAGUGGGAGAACUUGCACAAUUGGUGGCUGACUAAAUACUUUUUUCCCCCACUGUAUAUAUUCAAGGUUAUGGCUGCUUAUUACAUUCUUACUCUGAGCUCUGAGUGACUUUGUUAACGGCUGCUUUUAUUUUAAGUCUAUUUGAUCCACUAUGACUCAAAAUGAUUAUCCACUGACUCCCAGUAUCACAAGAGACUAGCAGAACUCAAUGCACAUGUUAUUUACAAAUGACAGGAGACAGAACAGGAAUAAUCCUCAUUGUGUUUCUUUGGUCUUGUGUUAUUAAUCUGUUGGUAGCUGCACAAGACAAGGGAGAACUUGACUUGACUAACUUGAAAUACAAAGCUGUCCCUCCUUUAUAUAUUAUUUUUGCAUUUGCACUUCUUCCCAUUCUGUAUAUUAUACUGAGGAUAAUAUACUGAGCCACCGUGACACCCUGGCCUAAUAUUAUUAUAAUUAUUUACAAUACACGCUGCUGCUUCUUAUGGCCUUCACAAAGAUACUCUUUACUUUACCAUGACAACAGCUGCAAAGUAAACCUAGAAUGUAUCAUUCAAUUCCUCAGGGUUUAAACCCUUCUACACAUUUAUAUACAUAAAUUAAUCAAACCUUAUUUCCAUGUUUAUCUGACAAAUGUGUCAUUACGUUUUUUUGUGUCUUUUUUGCACAUAAAUGAUUGUAUUUCCUGCAGUUACCAGUAUGUUGUUUUUUACUUUGAAUGUACAGUGAGGGAAACAAGUAUUUGAUCCCCUGCUGAUUUUGUACAUUUGCCCACUGACAAAGAAAUGAUCAGUCUAUAAUUUUAAUGGUAGGUUUAUUUGAACAGUGAGAGACAGAAUAACAACAAAAAAAUCCAGAAAAACAGAUGUCAAAAAUGUUAUAAAUUGGUUUGCAUUUUAAUGAGGGAAAAAAGGAUUUGACCCAUUUUUUACAUUUUAGUCAUUUAGCAGACGCUCUUAUCCAGAGCGACUUACAGUUAGUGAGUGCAUACAUUAUUAUAUUUUUUUUCAUACUGGCCCCCCCGUGGGAAUCGAACCCACAACCCUGGCGUUGCAAACACCAUGCUCUACCAACUGAGCUACAUCCCUGCCAGCCAUUCCCUCCCCUACCCUGGGCCAAUUGUACGCCGCCCCAUGGGUCUCCCGGUCGCAGCCGGCUACGACAGAGCCUGGAUUCGAACCAGGAUCUCUAGUGGCACAGCUAGCGCUGCGAUGCAGUGCCUUAGACCACUGCGCCACUCGGCCACUGCGCUCCCUCUCGAUCAGAAAGAUAUCUGGCUCCCAGGUAACGAGCUGAGAUUAGAAGCACACUCUUAAAGGGAGUGCUCCUAAUCUCAGUUUGUUACCUGUAUAAAAUACACCUGUCCACAGAAGCAAUCAAUCAAUCAGAUUCCAAACUCUCCACCAUGGCCAAGACCAAAGAGCUCUCCAAGGAUGUCAGGGACAAGAUUGUAGACCUACACAAGGCUGGAAUGGGCUACAAGACCAUCGCCAAGCAGCUUGGUGAGAAGGUGACAACAGUUGGUGUGAUUAUUCACAAAUGGAAGAAACACAAAAUAACUGUCAAUCUCCCUCGGCCUGGGGCUCCAUGCAAGAUCUCACCUCGUGGAGUUGCAAUGAUCAUGAGAACGGUGAGGAAUCAGCCCAGAACUACACGGGAGGAUGUUGUCAAUGAUCUCAAGGCAGCUGGGACCAUAGUCACCAAGAAAACAAUUGGUAACACACUACGCCGUGAAGGACUGAAAUCCUGCAGCUCCCGCAAGGUCUCCCUGCUCAAGAAAGCACAUAUACAGGGCCGUCUGAAGUUUGCCAAUGAACAUCUGAAUGAUUCAGAGGAGAACUGGGUGAAAGUGUUGUGGUCAGAUGAGACCAAAAUCGAGCUCGUUGGCAUCAACUCAACGUGUUUUGAGGAGGAGGAAUGCUGCCUAUGACCCUAAGAACACCAUCCCCACCGUCAAACAUGGAGGUGGAAACAUUAUGCUUUGGGGGUGUUUUACUGCUAAGGGGACAGGACAACUUCUCCGCAUCAAAGGGACGAUGGACGGGGCAAUGUACCGUCAAAUCUUUGGUGAGAACCUCCUUCCCUCUGCCAGAGCAUUGAAAAUGGGUCGUGGAUGGGUAUUCCAGCAUGACAAUGGCCCAAAACACAUGGCUAAGGCAACAAAGGAGUGGCUCAAGAAGAAGCACAUUAAGGUCCUGGAGUGGCCUAGCCAGUCUCCAGACCUUAAUCCCAUAGAAAAUCUGUGGAGGGAGCUGAAGGUUCGAGUUGCCAAACGUCAGCCUCGAAACCUUAAUGACUUGGAGAAGAUCUGCAAAGAGGAGUGGAACCAAAUCCCUCCUGAGAUGUGUGCAAACCUGGUGGCCAACUACAAGAAAUGUCUGACCUCUGUGAUUGCCAACAAGGGUUUUGCCACCAAGUACUGAGUCAUGUUUUGCAGAGGGGUCAAAUACUUAUUUCCCUCAUUAAAAUGCUUAUCAAUUUAUAACAUUUUUGACAAGCGUUUUUUUGGAUUUUUUUGUUGUUAUUUUGUCUCUCACUGUUCAAAUAAACCUACCAUUAAAAUUAUAGACUGAUCAUGUCUUUGUCAGUGGGCAAACGUACAAAAUCAGCAGGGGAUCAAAUACUUUUUUCCCUCACUAUAUUAUACUAUUACUAUACUAUGUACUAUCAUACAUUAAUUUUCAAUGCAGAACGCUUGAUCAAUUUGUUGAACAUUUUAGGUGAGACAUAGCAUUAGACAUAGUCAUCAUCAGCUUCGUUAUAUUACUGCUUUUUUUCUGUAGCCAUCUGGUGUUUGUAUAUUUUAAUCUGACAAAUGUGACAGCAUUUUCUGUAUAGAAAUGACUGUUGGUGAAUUUUGUGUUUAAACAUUUUAUUAAAUGUAGGGCGGCAGGUAGCUUAGUGGGUAAGAGCGUUGUGCCAGUAACCGAAAGGUCGCUGGUUCUAAUCCCCGAGCCGACUAGGUGAAAAAUCUGUCGAUGUGCCCUUAAGCAAGGCACAUAACCCUAAUUGCUCCUGUAAGUCGCUCUGGAUAAGAGCGUCUGCUAAAUGUAUAAUAAAAAAAUAUAUAUAUACUGCUAACAGCACCAUAUGUAGAUGUACUAACCGAAUAAAGGUGAUUCAGAUCUGGAAUAAGAACAUAGUCAUACUGAUUUUGAGUGUCUGGUUUCACAUAUUUUGUGUGAUUUUCAUUUUUCUUUAUUUUUGUCUGUCUGCGUUGUCAUUUUGAAAGACGUGGCUCUCUCUGACUUUGCGACAAAACAUGUUACAAACGCAUACACUUCCCAUCAUCCCCAGCUGCCAUAACCCAGACCAGGAAGAACCAAGGAUGUGAAGCUAAUUCUUACAUGGUACACUGUAGUUGAAUUUUACAAUAUCAUAGAUGGGAUUUUGGCUGUAAUCCUAACGGUAUAUUCGAAACAAAACGAAGGUAAGAGACAAUUUUAGCGUAUGUAGUUAGCUACAAACACAGCUUGUUCGCGAGCUAUCAUUUAGCAUUUUUGACAGGUCGUUUGCUAUUAAUAUUUCGUCGCGGCCCAAAAUGCGAUAAUAACAUCUAUAAGGCAAUUGAAGCGUUGAUGUUAAUUUGGUCUGACAAAUUAGAUUGUAUGUUAUGUUGUUUAACAAGUGUGAAAGCGUCUUUGUUUAUUUGUUAUUGAAUUGUAAUGUGAGCUGACAUAGCAGCUAAGACGUUGGGCACGUUCUACAUUGCAGCAGACUUUAAAGGCAAUUCGAAACUGAAUGAUCUACAUAUCACCUUGCAUCCUAAAUAACUACUCAAUAUUAUUUGUAGAUCAGUCACAAUUUACCCAUGAAACAUCACGGUUUUGAUGCUCUCGAACACGGCCAAUGUGUGGAAUUAGCUAGUUAGCAAGCAAGGCGGCGCUGUCUGCUCAUUUCAGUGAUUUUUAUGUUUCAAUACACGGGCAUACAUUUUUCUAGCGAUUAGGGAGUGAACGUUAUUUAUAAUAAGGGUUAUAAGGAGAAAAUUGGACCUCUCUGAAAUUAAAAUGGAUGGCCCUCCAUUCAGCAAAAUAUAUUUUACCUAAACCCUCCUUGAACGCUUGAAAAAUAAAAAAAGUUACCCUCCCCAAUAUACCCAAAAUAAUAAUUAAAACAAAGUGGAUAGCAGAAAACAUGUCUACUGUUUACCCUCACUUAUUGGACAGACCAGAGCCUUAGAUAUGCAGUUUUAGAAGACUGUUGCUGUAAGCAUUACAUGGCAACGCAGAAAUGUUGAUGGUACAUAAGGUUGUGGGUUCGCAGACCACCGUGGACAAGAGUAGGGGUGGAAACAUCUCCAUUAUAGUAAUAGCAUUGCAUGAAUCUAUCAUCGUAUUUGCAGGUCUGAGAAAAAAUGUCCUUUUAUAAAAUGUCUUGCAAUUCUAUGUCAUUUUACAUAUUAGCAGAAUCUUUUUAAUACCACACAAAGAAUGGACAGAGAGAUAGCUAUAUAGGCCUGUGUUCAUCUUAUCAUAUUUCUCCAAUGCCAAAUCAGUGUCUUGUUUGCAACGAAACGGUGCCUGUUUGCAAAUAAUUACAAAUGAGCUUUCAAAAGUGGUACUUUCAAAAGUUAGGCCUACCAACGCAGAAAAAUGUAAGCUUUAACUGCAGGCUACUCUUCUUCGGUUGCUUAACGAGGUCACAAAUGUUUCCCUAAAAGCUGUCUGGGUUUAAACAUCUUCUAAUGUACAGAAAGUGAAUAGCUUAAUCAAUUGCUAGACAUAAUUAGAUUACUUCCCAAGCAAAUUAUAUGUUUUGUCUUCUCUGCUAUAAAAGGUUGUAGUUCAGCCUCUGAAUGUCAAAGAAACGAAACAAUGAUAUCCCCAUAUUCAUUGGAGUAACGUCUUUCCCGGGUAUUUUCCAGUUUGUUUCUAGCAUAAAGCAUCGUGGACCAAAGCGCUGUUAUAGAUCACUUUAUUAAAUCGGAUCCGAUUUAUUUUCUUCAAAAUCUUAAGCUAACAAGGGGUAGGCCUGUGCUUUUUGCAAUUUUCUUUAAUAAAAGGUAGGCCUAUACUCCCUCAAUUCGAUUCUUGGUUUUAACUUAACAGCCCUGAUGGAGGUAAGGUAUUUAAAGAGUGCAUGGUGGGUGGAGGAACUGACCGACAAAUCUAUGGAUAUAGCAGCCUAUAGCCUAAUUUCGUCUGUCAAACAGGUAGGCCUACCUCUUAAUAGGAAGAAAUAGGCUCCAACACAAAACCCUCUUGUUGUUAGUAAAGUAUAAUUAAAAUGAAUACAGCUUAAAUGAAUAAGACUCUCAGCACCAUGAGCUGUCUGUUAGUGAUUUGAUUGUGACUUGGCUGCUGCUUCAAGUUUCAGCACCACAAUGUAAUUUACUAGAAUCUAGCUUAUUGUGAGGUCAAUAACUCUAAUAAAUACAUCAUGGGCAAGAAACAUUGUUUUUAAUUAAAGUAGUAGCAAGCUAUAAAAGUUGACCUCCGAUCCUCCUUUUCAUGUUAGCACUCUCUGUCUCAAACGGAACAGGCUACAGAAAAUAGGCUAUACACUGAGUAUACCAACAUGAGGAACACCUUCCUAAUAUUGAGUCGUCGUAGCCCAAAAUUGAGCAUACAGCCAUGCAAUCUCCAUAGACAAACAUUGGCAGUAGAAUGGCCCAUACUGAAGAGCUCAGAGACUUUCAACGUGGCACCGUCAUAGGAUGCCACCUUUCCAAAAAGUCAGUUCGUGAAAUUUCUGCCCUACUACAGCUGCCCCGGUGACGUGGAAACGUGUAGGAGCAACAACGGCUCAGCCGCGAAGUGGUACGCCCCACAAGCUCACAGAAUGGGACCGCCGUGUGCUGAAGUGCGUAACAGUAAUCUGUCCUCUGUUGCAACACUCACUACCGAGUUCCGAACUGCCUCUGGAAGCAAAGUCAGCACAAUAACUGUUUCGAUGGGAGCUUCAUGAACUGGGUUUCCAUGGCCGAGCAGCAGCACACAAGCCUAAGAUCACCAUGCGCAAUGCCAAGGUGGUGUAAAGGCUGGAGUGGUGUAAAGCUCCUCGCCAUUGGACUCUGGAGCAGUGGAAACACGUUCUCUGAAGUGAUGAAUCACGCUUCACCAUCUGGCAGUCCGACGGACGAAUCUGGGUUAGACGGAUGCCAGGACAACGCUACCUGUCCGAAUGCAUAUUGCCAACUGUAAAGUUUGGUGGAGGAGGAAUAAUGGUCUGGGGCUGUUUUUCAUGGUUCGGGCUAGGCCCCUUAGUUCCAGUGAAGGGAAAUCUUAACACUACAGCAUACAAUGACAUUGUAAACGAUUCUGUGCUUCCAACUUUGUGGCAACAGUUUGGGUCCCCUUCCUGUUUCAGCAUGACAAUGCCCCCGUUCACAAAGCGAGGUCCAUACAGAAAUGGUUUGUUGAGAUUGGUGUGGAAUAACUUGACUGACCUCCACAGAGCCCUGAGCUCAACCCCAUCGAACACCUUUGGGAUGAAUUGGAAAGCCGACUGCGAGCCUGGCCUAAUUGCCCAACAUCAGUGCCCGACCUCACUAAUGCUCUUGUGGCUGAAUGGAAGCAAGUCACCACAACAAUGUUCCAACAUCUAGUUGGAGUCUCUAGUGGAAUGCCUUCCCAGAAGAGUGGAGGCUGUUAUAGCAGCAAAGGGGGGACCAACUCCAUAUUAAUGCCCAUGAUUUUGGAAUGAGAUGUUCGACGAGCAGGUGUCCACAUACCUUUGGUCAUGUAGAGUAUAUCUGAACGGAACUUUCCCAUUCUCAUUUAAUCAUGUUCUAAAGGAGGACAACAAAAAUACCCUUUCUGGCUUGCACAUACCAACAGGUAUUUUGUAGGCAAGGACUCGUGUCUUUUGAACCCAAUGAAAAAUGGGCUCAUUUUAUUGUUAUCUCAAGUAAUUGAGUGAGGGGGAGGGGAGUGUGUGUCACUCAGUGAGAAGGACUAUCUCUGUCUGAAACCUCUUAGAAGAAGAGAUACUGGGCUGGUAGAUGACCGAGGAGUACAUGCAGUAUAAACCUAUAACAUACUCAUAUUAAGUAUGUGCUCCAUCAGGGCUCUAAAUGAAAACAUUUCAUUGAUAGCACUGGUUUUCCCAACUUAAAAAAGUUAGGAGCGCCACAUGAAAUUUAGGAGCACCAGAAAAUACGAUGUUUUAAAUUGAUUGAGAGACUAUAUUGGGCCUAUAUUGCUGUGUUUAGACAGGCAGCCCAAUACUGAUAUUUUUUCACUAAUAGGUCUUUUGACUAAUUAAUUAAAUCAACUCUUAAAAAUAUAUAAUGUGAAAAUUGGUCAAAAGACCAAUUAGUGGAAAAAAUAUCAGUAUUGGGCUGCCUGUCUAAACGUAGCGUAAGAAUUCUAGCUAUUUCUGAAGCACAUGUGCCCUAGAAACUAAUAUUUAACACUGUAAAUACAUUCGUUUUUUAUAAAAGCUAACAUGUUGACACAAAUACCUGUCAUUGAAAUUAGUCAAUUGUGUGGAAUAUCAGGUUUCUACAUUGUGUAAAGCACUGUUUUCCAAUUGAGAUGCAUUACAUUGAAAAUUGUACACUGUCUCUUUAAAAAGUCAGGUUUGUGAUGAGGACAUGCAAGAGAUCGGUCAUUCAUUCAUUGCUAUGAUCAUUGAUCUCCUGAAGAAGAUAUCCCUUUUCCUUUCUUUCUGUGCCCCCAAAUGUUUGGAUACACUGGUAAAGUUACCAGGUUGUUAGCUAGCUAGUCAAUAGAGAGAAAUAGUAAUGGUGUCUUUUUGUAGGCAAUAACUCCGCCAUGGUUCGUUGGACAAAGACUAUGGGAAAAUAAAUGGUGUUUUUGGAUAAAGGCCCAAAAUAAGGUAUGUGGUAAACACAGGCUUAGGAGAUCUUGUACGUUUUAUUCUAUGAGAAUCUUCAUCAGUUAAUGUCACCUUUUGUGAAUCUGGAAGAAUUUAUGUCAUACAAAAAACACAUAAAGCACAUAAAGGCUUCAUAAUUCAUAAAGGUCAUGUUAACUUUGGGCGGCAGGUAGCUUAGUGGUUAAGAGCGUUAUGCCAGUAACCGAAAGGUCGCUGGUUCUAAUCCCCGAGCCAACUAGGUGAAAAAUCUGUCGAUGUGCCCUUGAGCAAGGCACUUAACCCUAAUUGCUCCUGUAAGUCGCUCUGGAUAAGAGCGUCUGCUAAAUAAUGUAAAUGUAAUGUAAAUGUUAACUGACUGAUAUUACCUCAUUGAACAAAAUGUAUAAGCACUCCUAAGCCUGUGAUAACCUCAGACCUUAUUUUCAGCGUUUAUUCCAAAACCCUAUUCUUUCCCCAUUCAUUUUCCCCAUAGGGAUGGCUUAUCGAACAAGAGGUAACACAUUUCUGGGUUUUAGGACUACAAGCUGGCGAGCUCUAUGAGGUAACAUGACUGAACAAAGUGUAAACAUGGUUAUCGACGUCGACGCGUGAGUAGUUUUAGAACGGCCCACGACAUGGUUUAUGAAUGUAAAAUGCAGUCCCGGCGAUCCACUAUUGGAAGAUACAAAUGUUGGGCCGGUAAUAUGGGUCAGAUCUUUUGAUCUGGUUGGACUAGAAGUAAGCAAUUUUCGCUGUAGUAAUGGUGCAACCAUGAUGCUAACAGAUCUGCACUCACUUGUUUCUCUAGGGCAGGGUUUCCCAAACUCGGUCCUGGGCCCCUCCCUGGGUGCAUGUUUUUUUUUUUGCCCUAGCACUACAAAGCUGAUUCAAAUAACCAACUCAUCAUCAAGCUUUGAUUAUUUGAAUCAGCUGUGUAGUUCUAGGGCAACAAUGUUACCGUUUUUAAAGCAAGUUUUCUGCAAUUCUAAACAUUUUGCCAUGGGGCGGAGAGAAGAUUUUGCAAUUUUAUAACUAAUUUCAUGCAAUUCUACUCAUUUUCCCAUGGGGCGGAAAGGAACAUUUGCAGUUUACAGCUAACUUCCUGCAAUUCUACACAUUUUGCCAUAGGGUGGAGAGAAAUGUUUGUAAAAUGAUAUCUGAGUGAGAGUGACUAACAAAAUCAAUGGGGCCCCCCGGUCCGUAAUUCCACCAUGAUUACUACAAGUUUAAUUAGCUGGCCGCUAGCCUAAUUUACCAAUCUAAAACAUGUUAGCUGACAUGGGCUAGAAGAAUCUGUCUGACCUCAUUCUACCCUCCGGCCCCACACACACACCUCCACUCCUCCAGGCUCAUGUCCCUUCAGCAGCCCCACAGCAGACUAAAAACUAUGGGUGACAGAGCUGUGGAACAUACUUCUAGUCACUGUCAGGGCGGCAGAGUCUCUGGCCUCGUUUUAAGGCACAGCUCACGACUGAGCUGUUCAGAAAAGCUUUCAAGGACCUCCGUUAAUUCUGUUCUACUGUCCACCGGAUCUGACGACACCUGUAUAUAGCUUUGAUUGUUGUCUGCUUACUAUGUUCUAUGUUUUGGAUUGUUUUUAUUAUUAUUAAUUGUAUUUUUUAUUAAUUUCUUCAGCGCCUUGGGUGUAAGAAAAGCCAGGGUUCUCCCUAAAGAAUGUAAGAGAGGCGCUGCGCCACCUUGUGGACUGGCUGCGCCACUAUCUAAAAAUAACAUGUUAUGAUAUAAGGCAAUUGUUUGCUCUAGAUUGCAGGAAAUGGUGGUUACAGGUAUACGCAAAAAAUCUCUUGAGUCCCCCCCGGAUGUACUCAGCAGCACCGCCUUGUUAAAAAAUCCUGGAGAGAACCCUGAAAGCACUUUACAAAUUAAAUGAAUUAUUAUUAUAUUAGGUAGUGAAUAUGACAUUUCUCUUUCACAGCCUCUAGUCUAUAUACAUUCUAGGGAUUGAUUCUAAAACGUUCUCUCAUUUUCAGUGACUGUCUUGCCGUUGAGAGAGCGGUAAGAGAGGCAGGAUGAGUGGGGCUGCACUGGGCAUUGAGAUAGUGGUGGUGUUUUUCCUGGCUCUGUUCCUGCUGCAUCGCUAUGCAGACUUCCGUAAGCAGCAGAGGAUGGUGCUGUUUGGCACCUUGCUGGCCUGGUACCUGUGUUUCCUCAUCGUCUUCAUUCUUCCUCUGGACAUCAGCACGGUUAGUACUACACAGUAAAUUUUGAAGUGUUAAAGUAACACUUAAAGAGUUAAAUUUAACACUAUUUCUGAGUGUAUAUGGUCCCACCCUGAAAUAGUGUUAAUUUGACUCUUUUCAUAGUGUUAACAUUUUAGAGUUAAAUUAACUCUAAAUAGAGUAAAAAUUUAACACUCGCUUACACUGAAUAGUGUUAUUUUAAUUUUACACUAAAGGUAAAAUAACACUGGAGAGUGUAAAUAUUACCCUUGGAAGAGUUAAUCAUUUACUCUUCUAAAAUAACAAAUCAACUCUGAUUGAGUUUGAUUCCAGUCCAGUUUAACACUGCAUGGAGUUGACACUCAAGGUUAAAAUAACUCUGAUAAGUGUUGAUGUUACACACUAUUGUGUUGAUAAUUGACUAUCUUGCAGUGAAAAACAAGCUCAAAUAGAGUCAAAUUCUAACACCGUAUAGUGUCACGGAAAUAAAUCUCAGCAGUAUUCAUUUUACACUUUUUUAGUGUCAAAUUACACCAAAUACUCCAUUAAGUGAGUAAAAAUCACAACUUACCACAAAAUAAUGCAUUUCAAAUUUUUAUUAACAGCUCAACUAUGUCAGGCUAAAAUAUAUUAAGAAUACAAAUCCCUUUUUAAAACAUUGACCUUAGGUUUCCAUAAAAUGGCAAUAGGGAACAACAUACAAGGAGGAAUCUGUCGUUCCAUACUUCAUUUGAACAUCAAAAGGUUUAAAGUAACACAGUUCAGUAAUGUUGAUCACCUUUUGAACCCUGUCUGGAUGCAUCCUGACCUUAAAGGCAUAGUAAUGGUAAUCAAAACACACUGUUUCCAUCAGUUUUCCACAGAGCAAUACACAGUCAUCUUUCACAGCAAUAAUUUUGAUUUUACAAAAUACAGGCAUCUCAAAUGCUACCUCAGUACAGAUAAUGAAGUCACGGCGGUACUCUGUACCAUGAUGUUUGAUCCACUUGGCAGAAAACACACUGGUAGACAAUACAGACCCACAUUUUAAAGCAAUCUCGGGACCUUCUUUGAGCUCACUAAGUGUUACCAUCUUCCCCGAACCUAAAGUUAAUCUUUCCUUGCUAAAGGACUCUCGAUACAUUGCCAUACAACUUUGGUGCUUUUUGGCUAAUGUUUUUGUUACAUUUUUAAAGCUUUUUAAUUGCUUCUUAAAAAAAUUAUGUUUAGCUUCAUAACGCAUGCACCACAUGUGCAGAACUGGGCCGAUGUUUUUUAUAUUACGAGGGUAAUGAAUCAUGAAGUGAUGCUUUGGUAAGAGAUUGAUUGCAGGAAACAACUGCUUGAAGAGCUGAUGAUGAUCAAUGAUUAAAUGUUUGAGGUAAAUGGUCAUGCCUUCUGUAAGGACUGGGGAAAAUACAAUGUUAACAAUGUGUAGAAGCAAAAGUAGAAGAUGCCAGUGCUGGUCAUCUGACUGUAUUAAAUCACCAAAUAGCAAAGGCAUAUUACGUAAUAAGCACCAAGACUGUAUAGCAUUCAACCCCAAAUCAUUACUUCCAUCAAACAACUUUACUCUAGGUGGACGGUUUCGCUGCUGAUUGUAUCCAUAGUCAAAAGCAUGUAUUCUACCAGCCAGUUGUUCAGCAUUUAGGAAGUUUUCCUUAAUGUACUGCAGGACAAGUUUGACUUCAAACUGAGCAACUCCUUCUAAAAUAUCGUGCAUUAUAUCUACAGAAAAAUUGUUGGCUGUAUUAAAAUACUGUAGUGAAUUCAGCAGACAAAUGCGUUUGACACCAUAGAUAUGAGGUAGUGUAGGAUCUGUUUGUAAAGUUUGACAGUGCAGUUUGUGCAUCUCGAUAGUUCGUAGUACAACUUUUGGAUCAUCUUCACAGAACACAGUUUGAAAACAAUCUUUCUCAAGGAGACAGAAACGACAACAAUACCUUGCCCCAAAUGACUCCACAAAGCCAAAUAAACCAUGCAACCCAAGAUUAUCACCAGUGACCUGAACUAUGGUACCGUGAAUCACAUCUUUCAAUCUGGGAACUUUAAGUCCCUCUGUCUCGAGUACUUUAAGAUCACUGACAAGUGGCUCAAGUAUCAAAUUAAAACCAUAACGCUUGAUGUCCUGCGCAUGGAAAAGAGCACCCAAAUGAAUAUUUAUCAAUGAUGAAUUAAAGAUUGGGGGAAAAUUCCUUAAUGUAAAGUAUAUAGCACCUAAUUUGUGUAUACCCUUUUUAGACCCCAAGGGGUUUGCUGUUUCAAAGUCGUCAUAAAAUAGCUGGAUCUGUAUGGCAUCUUUUUCUAUAGAGAAUAAGGGACUUUUUUUAAAAUAGGCGGCAUCUCUCAAGUCUGCAUACACACCUUCCUUGGGCAUGUGCCUGGGCUUGAACAUGUCUGCAAGUUCUGGGUUUUGAAAAAUGGCCUUUAGUGUUUCUAAAAUAGGAAUAUAUGCAAACUUGUCAGUUACAACGACCUGAUCGUAUGUCCCAGUUGUUUUGUUUCUUCUGCUGUCAAAUCUUGUGCCAAGCACCUUUUCAACAGGUUCUACGAUUCCCCAUUUCUCUUUGAAGUGUUUAUUUCGUUUAGCUUCUGAAUUUAAGGGUGUGAAAGGGUUUUCCAACUUUUGCAAAGAUUGUUCUAUUCUGUUCUUAUUUUCAGUUUCCUGUGGAGAUAAGCACUGCAAAGCUGCAUCUGUAGCUUGACUUUGAAUCUCAAAAAACACUUCUUCCAUGGAGGAAACAAAACUAUUUACAGUAGAUUGACUUAAUCCAGCUGCUUUUAGUUGUGCAACAGCAGAGGCACACAUAUCUAGAGUGCUCCUGUUGGACUUUUUCAACAGAGUAGAUGUGGCUACCUCGUGUUCAUUAACUGUCCGUGACGUUGUAGCUGUCUCCUCUACAUUAGUGGUCACUGCCUCUCCAAUGCUGCUUAAAUAAACAUCAGGGUCAACCUGUUGGUCAAUAUACUCAGUGUGUUUUGUGUUUAAAUGUUUCCUAAAACCAGAAAACGUACCAAACGCACAGCCACAUCCAGUCUGAGCACAUUUAAGCCGGAGAUUUUUUCCAGGCAAGUAACCGUGAACUAAUCGUAAAUGCCUAACAAGCAUAUUUGAACUCGAUAACUCAGCCUGACAAACAAAACACUUCAUGUUCGAGGAGAAACUUCAAGCACUAAUGAAGUAACCUCGCCCUGAUUUCAGCAACACGAGGGCUCUCUUUGACCUUGCCAGCAUCGAUGCUGUACACUGUAGUUUGGAUGAAAGUGUACAUGUUGUGGAGCAUGGUGUUGUAGGAUGUGCCAAACACAAAAUGUGCCUUAAAUAGUUCGUCAAAAGCAACAAGAGAAGAGGUUGACCUGCAAGGUAUGGCAUUCUUGUCGAUAAUGAUGAAGAACUGGUGGAUUGCAUUCUUCUUAACUCCAACAGCUAGGAGAUAGGGCUGAGCGCUAGUAGUGAUGGCAUCGAGAUGCUCUUGAAUGUUUGUUCCGGUCUGCGAAGACAAAUGAGGGAAAACUGUAGUUAAUGGCCAAGUAGUUGUAGAAUAUGCAGAAAGAGCCAAUACACUACUCUUAUUGAAUAUGAAUAUUGAAUGAAUACUUGUAGCCUAAUAUUAGGUGUUCAUACCACAAAUUAGAAAAAAUACAAACCUUCUUGAAUACCACAAGAUGUUUCUCUGCUUGGGAUGCGGAAACCUUUCCUGGUCUCUUCCGACCCUGAGCGGAGGGUGGAAUCAGGUGUAUAAGCAGUAAAACCGAUGACAGAUCACUGUCCCAACCUGUAACAACACAAGUUCAAUGUUAACACACUUCAGUUACGUUGUUUUCUUUACAAAAGACCCCCCAGACAGACAGCAGUUCUACAUCACAAGAAGUUCUCUAACUAAAACAUCCACAGGGCUGAGUCAAAUCUCAAAAGUUUUGUUCAAUAUACUGCUACAGAACGUACUCGUAAAUCUUUCACAGAUCCAGCUUCUUAGUAUUAUGUUGAUAUUUAAAUGUUUACACAUAAUGUUGAUAUUGCAAUACAACACAAAAGGUAGGCUUACAAGCAUCUUACCAAAGUCAACAUCCAAUUCAGUGCCAUCCUCAGGAGGAUCAGCUGCCAGCAAGAGUUCUUCAAGCUCACUUGUGGAUGGAAGCUUUCUGCAUUGUUUGAUGAUCUUUUUCUUGAACGUGACCGGCCACCUUUCCAGAAGCUUGCUUGAGGUAUCCUCUCCGAACAUUAGAACAAAAUCCUGUUCAACCUGGAGUGGGGUGGUGUUGGUGACAAUUUCAGUUAUUUGACAGCCAAUCAAAUUGUAUUGCGUGCUAGUUUAGCUAGCUAGUAUCACUACAAUGUCUUACAAAACAAUUCACUUGUCAUAGUAUUUUCAAAAUAACAUAAUUACCAAGCUUUUGACGUCUUUAAAACGUGGAAACUCAGACAGUAUGUUGCUUGACUGCUGGGGGUCGAGGAUCAUUUUGCGGCGAUACACAAACGUCAGUUCCAUUUUCUUCUUGAUUGUGUCUGCAUCAGCAGAAUGUUUCAUCAGUGAGAUUGCUUUGUUGCACUCAUCAUCAGUCAGGGCAGUCUCUGGAACAAACUGGGAUUCUCGUCUGACAGUCGGUCCUCCAGACAUGUCUUCACCAGUUGAUCCUUUGGCUGAUUCUACACAACACGGGAAAAUUUCAAUCAUGUCAAAAGUUUUAGUAGCCUGGCUAACUUUUAAAGGAAGUACUCCACUGUAAAAUAUACUUUUUGAGCUGUAAACUAAAUGAUAUGAAUGAUAUGUUUGAUGCUAGGGAGUGUGGCAAGCUGGUUUAGCCAAGGCCAAAUGGGAAGAAGGCCAAAUUACAGGUGUUGGCCAUCUGAGGGGCAGAGGACAGCAAAGGGGGGGGGGUGGUUACAUGAUAUAUAUGAAUGUAUAUGGAGCGUGAUAAAAAGGUGACCUUGAAAUUGUGGCGUUAAUGGCGACGCAAGGAAAAAAUUUGGGUGCACCUACAUUUUGUGCUGGUGCACCUAAAUAAAAAAGUUAGGCGCACAAGUGCAACCAAGACAAAAAGUUAGUGUGGAGCCCUGCAUCAAUGCUGGUGUUAAUAUUGACAUUAUUUCUUCACAAUUUAUGAAAUCUGCAGUUUGUGGGUUGAAAAAUGUAUGAAAAUGCCAUCUACUGGUUUAAAUCACCCUAAAGUUUGCAAGGCCAGUUUGCCAGGGGUUGCCUCGACCAGUCAGUGUCGAGGCAACCCCCCCUUAUGUCACAGUCCUUUGUAGGUCUCUGAUGCAUAUUUUCUUUAAAUUUGCUAAGAGGGAGGGAGCUAGCAGAAUUGAAGGAUGUAGUUACACAUUAUACUAUAUGUCUGAGAAAUAGUGCAACAAAUGCAAUUAUUGAUCUAGCAACUGUUUUGUUCCAUACAUUUUCCAGUAUUACCUCCGAAUGAUGAUCGCCUGUCUUUGGCGGUGCCUCUCUGAAUAGUUUUAAUCCUCCAGGCCAAGUACCCAGUUCCACUCUCGCCAUCAUAAUAAUGCUCCUUGAAGGAUGAAAGGAUAACAAAAAUGGAUACUUCAUUGAAAACAACAUGGUCUGGUAGGAUUCAAAAACUUCCAAUAAUAUUUAACAUUACAACUAUUACUGUGUGCAACUCACAUAGCCAUUCUUAGAGAAUGGGUCACUGAGGUACGGGAAUAAGGUCACUAUUCCUUUGGCAUACAUUUCUUUCACCUGUCUGGGUGGAGAUGUACUGCAAAAUUGAAGAAGAAAGGAUUGUGCAGUCAUAUUCACUUAGAUUCAGAUUUAGAUUUACAGAUUGAGAACACAAGGACUAUUAACAAAUUACCCAUUAAUUUCUGUCAUGUCAGCUGCCAGCAUGUUCACCAUUUUGCGUCUUGUUUCAUCCGUCAAGGACUUGGUUCGGUUGUAUUCAUUUAUUAUACGUUCCCCACCGGUUUUGUUGGUAAGAGCUGAUUCCACCAACUUAAAACAAAAUGCAUAACAAUUCUGCAUGUUAUGUCCACUGCAAAUAAACUGGAAAUAAACUAAUAUGAUGUCAGAGGAUGUCCCGAUCCAAUCUCAAAGAUUGCAAGUGCUACAAAAAUCCAAUGAAAAAGCCAAUAAUGGUAAGAAACUCCCUCCAGACAGCGACAAUAACUUGAAUGUACUCGAAGUGUGCACUGUAUUAUCAAUAAAUAAAUAAAAGUAUCUGAUCAGGACUCAAUAUCAGCAGAUACUUUUUUUAAUCGGAUAGGGCGCUUAAAAAAACUUGAUCGGGACAUCCCUAAUCAGGACUUCAAAAAUGUUUUGAAACCAUGUAAUUUACAAUGUAUAUUAAUGUAAUUUUAAUUCUCUGAGAACAGAUUCAAGAACAGAAUUUAAAAUGUCAGAAUUGUCUUACUUGCUUGGCUUCUGUAUCCAGCCUCUGGCGUUUUCUGGAGGGGCUAUCUGAAAUAAUGACUGUAUCCUCAGAGUCCAAGGUAUCAAGGGAUGAUGGUUGGGAUUGCUCAGAAGAGGCCACCAUGGAGACAGAUUCUAACCAUGAUUUUUAGAAGAAAAAGAAUUAUAUAUAGUUCCCUCAUAAUCUAAGACACUUAUUUAAUAGACACCAUGAACUUCAUAAAACAAAGAAAUAACGUAUUCAUUAAUUAGUCUAAUUAACUGAAACAAACCUGAGUCAUAUUUGAUGGUUAGCACCCCAGUUGAGGGAUCCUUUAUAAUAUCCUCAAAAACAUCAUCAUCCAAUUCAGUCCCUGAACUGUCAACAAUUUUCACACCUUCUGUUACAGCUGGGACACCAAACUUUGCAAAUGCUAGAAAAAACAGGGAUAAAAGCUUGUGUAAACAAAAGUAAAUCAUUAUUUAUAUAAUAAUUUCACUGUGUACACCUACCUUACCCUAUAAAAUAGGUUUUAAACAAACACUAUUAAGUGAUUAAAAUGUUUUUUUUUGUAGCAUCAUAACUAUACCUUAAGCAAUGCAUCCACAAUUAAAGUGUAGUUACCAAGGGCAAAACAGAAGAAAUUUAGACGUACAAAAAUGGACCAGUUCCAAAAACCUGAGAACUUAACAUGUCCCAUCAUUUUAGGAAUAUUCCAGUAUAUCAAUUUUAAACAGCUAAAUUCAGACAGUUAUUACUAACAUUGUCAAAUUCUUACCUGCAAUCAAAAAGUCUUUCAGAUUUGGCUCAGUUAUUCUGACAAAUUUUUGGACAUCUCCAAGUUUAGCUUUAAGCAGCAUGCUCCCUGCAAAUAGUAUCAGUACAAUUUCUCACAGUUAAAAAGUUGAUGGUCUUAUUUUAGCAGUAUUUCCUCAAAUAUAAGAAAAAAUAUUGUUUCAAGCCACCAAAGUGCUGAGAAAUGAUCAGCACUUUUGCAGAAAUGGCCAGUUAAAUUGAAGUUACUGUCAAACACAUUAAAAAGGAUAACGUCUGAUUUUCAUCCUUGUAACAUUAAUGUUACCGCCUUGCCCGCACAAUUACUGCAAUUGUUGGGUCUUGGUAUAUUAUAGAGUGUGGUCUAGACCUACUCUGUCUGUAAAGUGUCUUGAGAUAACUCUUGUUAUGAUUUGACAAUAUAAAUAACAUUGAAUUGAAUAAUGUUAGCUAAACGUUACACCAUAAGUGUGUGCUAAGAUAGUGCUUAAGUAUUUUAACAGUACUGCUGCUGCUUUGAAACCCGAAAGUCAUUUUGUAUAAUAUCCAGGAAAAAAAUAAAGGCACACCGCUUAAGCAGUGUCCAAGGUUAAUGUCUACCCGCCGUUAACAUAAUAAAUCCAUGCCACCCGCACAUAGUUAGCCAGUCAAGCUAACGUAGCUAACUGUAGCUAGUUUAGCCAACUCCCCUUAGUCUUUGCUAUGUUCCUGUAAUAUCUGAACGUUAACAAGAAGUACACAAUCCCCCCUCCACGUUGUAUUAACAUAACUUACAAUAAAUCGGGCUGACAUUGUCUAGUUUGAACGUUAUGUUCGUCAGUUAAUGUUAAUUAACGUUAGCUUAAUACUGCUGGCACAUGGACUGGACAGAAGUCAGUCACAACAUGUUAACGUUAGCCUUUUUAAAAUUCAACAUUUUAAGACCUAAAACCAACUAGAGUGCACUGUUAGCAACGAUAUAAAGUAAUUCUUAAAUGCUGCUUCUGUUAAAAUGACAAAUAAUGUGUGUAUAGUCGCUUAGGAGAAACUUACCGCAGUCAUUCCACAUGAAGAAAAUGGCGCCGUGAAAAUGUGUGGUCCGUUUGAGACGAGUCGUAGGUGGGCGGAGCUUUCCAGAGUACGUCUGACACUGCGUCUUUUAACAACGUACUUUUUCACCAACACUGGGCGGUAUCUUACUCCAACUGUUGUAGUAAUAACUCUGUAAGAGUCAAUGUACUUUGACACUGCAUAUUUAACACUAUGGAAUUUACUGUGUAUUACUGCACACGUUCACCACACACCGAAGCCCCAUCUUAUCCAUUCCCUUUGACAAAAAACUUGGAUCAAAAUGGUGACCAGUAACGUGGUGUGUGUUUGCAUACCUCUCUGAUGUCUUCCUUUGUCUGUGUGUUUGACCUUUCAGACAAUCUACAAGCAGUGUAAGAUUGAUCAUGAAGAACAUGCCGCCGUACCCCCUGUGACCCCACUGCUAUCCAAUCAAACAGCUGGAAACUCAACUGUGGCCACUGCCACUAAAAGGUUAGAGUGCAGAGGGUGUCAUCAUAUGUUCAUGUGUCAUAGGAUUUGGUUCAGCACUCAGGGUAAUGACAUGAUUGGUCAAAGGUCAGGAUUUGGUUGAACAAAACACCAGCAUACACUGGUUACCAAAGACCAGGGAUGAGGGGCCCAGCCAGAAGGCAGUAACCAUUGCUGUAAUUCAAAACAUGAGACUGUGUUUCAGCUGUCUUCUCAAACCAGAGAGAGGUUUUGCAGAGGCUCAUCUAAAUAAGAUUACAAGGCAGGUUUUGUUUAUCUGUUGUCACACACAUUUAUUUGCAACAGCUAGACGUAAUCUAAUUUCACUUAUAAAAGUCCAGCCUCUUCCUACCAUGAAAUGUUGAGUACAUCUGGUCCUUUUUAGUUUUGCUUGUCGUUAUGUAAAGUGUUUUCUCCCAGUCUGAGAUAUUACCCUAAUGGUUUAUACAAGGCAAACAUUGGAGUUUAAUUGUUUGAAUAUGAAGAUCAAUGUUCAUGUACUUUGCUCCAGUUUCAAUGUUUUGAUUCAUCUUAAAUAGGUCACUAGUACAGUGACUGUAUACACUGGGUAUACAAAACAAUAGGAACACCAGCUCUUUCAUGACAUAGACUGACCAGGUGGAAGUUAUGAUCCCUUAUUGAUGUCACCUGUUAAAUCCACUUCAAUCUGUGUAGAUGAAGGGGAGGAGACAUGUUAAAGAAGGAUUUUUAAGCCUUGAGACCAUUGAGACAUGGAUUGUGUAUGUGUGCCAUUCAAGAUCAGAGACCUUGCUUCCAUAUUAACACUUUGUGUUUUCCUUGACAGUGUUCCAAAGGUGUGUUACAAACCAUGGAGCUACAUUCCGGAUGGAAUCAUGCCCGUGUUCUGGAGGGUUGUUUACUGGACAUCUCAGUGUCUCACCUGGUGAGGGUUAGAGCAGAAUGUGCAUGGUGUUGUAUGUGCUUGUACUGGAAACACUACACUGAAAAGGACUUGGACAGAAAUUGUCUGCCCAAGUUAAUUUAGUUUGACUGACAGUCUUUCCUUACUAAGCCAAUUACCCACAUCUCUCCCUAUAGAAAUGUUUUCUUAAUGCACAUACUCUAGUACACCUGCCUUACUCCAGAUGUCCUUGUUCUUGCAGGCUACUGCUGCCCUUCAUGCAGUCCUAUGCACGCUCAGGGGGCUUUUCCAUCACUGGGAAAAUAAAGACGGCACUGAUAGAGAAUGCCAUUUAUUACGGAACAUACCUGCUCAUCUUUGGCUCACUGCUCAUCUAUGUGGCCGUUCACCCUCAGUGGCACCUCUCCUGGUGAGUGCACAGCAACAUGGACAAAUUAGACUUGUGGUUUGGAAAGUGUGCUGUUGACUACAAAAACACGUUUAACGUAUUUCACCUCGUUGUAUUCUACACAACACCGUACAAACAGAAGGGUAAUUAGGAGGAACCGUGUAUGUCUUUGUCUCAUGUAAAUCUGGUUUGGUCUGUCUCCCUGCCUCUCAGGUAUGAGCUGCAGACAAUAGGUAUCACUGCAGCCAACACCUGGGGCCUGUUCCUGCUGGUGCUGUUGCUGGGUUAUGGCCUGGUGGAGAUUCCGCGCUCCUAUUGGAAUGCCUCGCGGCAGGGACACCUGCUCAUCAAGACCUACUUCAAGGCAGCCAAGCUGAUGACAGAGAAGGCUGAUGCAGAGGAGAACCUAGAGGAUGUCAUGGAGGUAGGGAAUACUUCCUGCUCUCACUACGAAAUGGAAACUUUAGAGUGCUCUGUUUCUUAGAAACGGAGUUGAAUUGUGUUUAACACUAGAAAAGCCUGGCCUCGUUAGACCCACUUUCGGGCCAAUGGCGCGUCUUUUGAACGUCAACAUUCUAACAGUCUAAUAAAUACAUUUUAUAUACAGUAUGCUAUCGCAGAAAAAUAUAAUUUUGGUUGUGUUUAUGAAGGUAACAUUAGAAUACAAAAUGUAUUUUCAAAGAACACAAUAACAUUUUCAACUGUAGACCAUACAAAUGAAGAACCACUAAAAUGCCACAAUUUGUGUUAACCAUUUAAAUAAACACCAUCACAAAGAUCAUUAAUUAUUAAUUCAUUAAGGGCAUGUCUUAAGGAACAUUAUUUAACAAAAAUGCAUUUAAAAAGAACAGAAUGGCAUAUUUUCAGUUUAAAUAUAUUACUGUGCUUUGAGUGUUGCGAGUUCACAGAAUCAUGGUAAUUCUGACCAAAAGUGAUAUAUUUUUUAAUAGAGCUCAAGGGUUGUUUUGACAAUGAUGGGUAAUUUGGAAACUGCAGAAUCUGCUGUCGUGGAAAUUACCACUAAGGACCCCAAAGUCGAGCUUAAAUGAAUUAAUGUUUAUUCACGCCAGAGGAGAGAUUACAGACAAACAGCACUUAAUGUGGAGUUUAGUCAGAAGCUCUGACGAGGUAUUUCCCCCUCAGCAUAUUUAUACUAUCGCUACGGGUUACACAAAGAUAGCCAAGUGCAUCCUUUCUCAGCAAAGCGUUUGCUCCCAGAGACCGGCAGCAGAGGAGGAGAACACCUGGCAACCACAGAGUCUGGGCUUUCAGCCAAUAUUUCCACUCCCGCUGAGCCAACCUUGUGAGAGCAAACAUCCGACACCCUGUCUGUCUACAACAGGCACAUUUCUAAGUAUGCAACAGGUCAAACAUGUAUGAUAAGUGUGAGACACUGAAAAAGCAGAAAGAGACACAGUAAAAUUCCACUACACUGCUCUGAUACUAUAUAGACAUCAUUUGAAAAAGUUACUUUUUGGCGCUCCGUUUACCUGCCUCUGUGUCAAUUCCAAGCCCCGCUGUUCAUCAGAUUCUUCAUAUACAAUUUAUAAUAUUCUCACCCAUCAGACUAUUGUCAAUUUAAUCUCAUCUUUAGGCUAACUCUAUUAUUAUAUGUGUGAAAUUAGUUUUGAUUUAGUUUAGGUGUAGAUUCGAUGGGCCAUCACUGACUGCCAGUGAAUGAGGGGCCUGUGGGGAAAAAAGGAUGUCCUCUUAAAACUGCUUUAACACAUUCUGUUUGUGAUAUUAAGAUUCUAACAACGACAGUGUGUUAUAUAGACUUAUUUAGGAAAAGUCAAGGACGGGGGGACAUGGCAUGACUUAAAAAAUGGCAGAGUAAUUAAAGUACAUUUGUUUUGAGUCAACAUGAUGCUCUCGGCUCUCCUAGUGUUCAUUUAUGUCCUUUUCUUUGGUCCACAUUUCUUGUGCAUCUGUUUUAGGAAGUGAGAAAGGUCCAAGAAGCCAUCAAGUAUAACCACCCACUGAGGAAGUACAUCGAUACUGUUCUUAGAAAGGUAAACCUCACGAAGAACGAAACAAUUGCACAUUCUUAGUGAAGAAUGUGGAGCCCAACCUCACAUUGUCAGUGAAUGAGAUGUGCACACUCUCCACAACAAGUGAGGAAUGUGACGUGGCCUGAGAAAGUCAGGUGCCUUUGUUAAUCCUAACACAGAGUUUUCUCCCUUAGUGCCCUGUGGACUACCAGGAGAAGAUGGGUAGAAACAUGGAUGACUAUGAGGACUUUGAUGACAAACAGAACACCUAUCCCAGUGAGAAGAGCCUGGUGAAGCUUCACAAACAAGUAAAAUGAAGAUAUAUAUUUAAUUGUGUUUUCUUUGACAUUUAACUGAUAUAUCCAUUAGCUAUAUUAGAUUAAAUUGUGUUUAAAUGAGACUAAUGUGGUUCUUUGUGAAUGGUCAGGUGAUCUACGCAGUGCAGAGGCACAACAGGACCCGUGUCCAGUGGCAGAUCCUCCUGCAGCAGGCUAUGCACCUGGAGGACGUGGCCAAGAAUGAGACCAGCUCAGUCCACCAGUUUGUCCACAGCUUCCCCUCCACAGAACCAACUAGCUGGCUCAGCCGAUACUUUUACACUCCUACCGUAGGUGGGUCACAUACCCUCUGGAUCAACUUUACAACUGACUGUUCACUCCCACCUACAGUAUACUCUUCGCAGUGUCGGGUGCAGGUCUCACUAAUGGGCCUUACCCUGUCUUCCAUUCCGCUUCUCAUUUGGGAUGUUACAGAACGUCUAAGAUCCUUGACGAGCUUAUGUGUUUGUACGUUCCUCUCCAGAGUGGUACUGGGAGUGCCUGCUGAGACAGUGGUUCUACCGGCUGCUGGCUGUGGUGCUGUCUCUGUUCUCUGUGGCCGUGGUGUGGUCUGAGUGCACCUUCUUCAGCACCCGGCCCGUCCUCUCACUCUUCGCUGUCUUCAUCCAGCUCGCUGAGAGAGACUACAACUACUUGUACAUCGAGGUGAGAUGCCAACGGAAUGCAAUUACUGGUGUACGACUGUACUAAUUGGUGAAUCUGAUAAUGCUGUUGUGUAUGCAUAAUUCAGUUGGAGCAUGUCGGUCUCUCACAUGAAUGUUAUUGUUCUGUCCACUAGAUGGCGUGCUUCAUCACCAUCUUCUUCCUGUGCACCUGUGUUUACUCCACUGUGUUCCGGAUCCGAGUGUUCAACUACUACUACCUGGCCUCACACCACCAGACUGAUGCCUACAGCCUGCAGUUCAGUGGCAUGUAAGUGACUGGACGGUAGAGAGCAGUGAGAGGAGGAAUUUGGGUCUGAUUGGAUAGCAUUAGCUAAGUAUCAAAGAGAUAAAACAUCUCUAGAAAUCAUAGACUGUAUAUGGUAGAAAUGGAGGAAAUUGACAUUCAGAAAAUCGUGUAUGUUUUGUUGUAUUUGUGCACAGAGCUAUACUGUAUGUGGACGGCUACACUGACAAUGUCCAUACCAUCUCUUACUUUUCCCCUGGUAUAUGUUUAUGUAACAUGAUUUAAUGCUAAAUGUCUAAUGUAGUCUUGUUGAUCUUUAGGCUGUUCUGCCGUCUGACCCCUCCUCUGUGUCUGAACUUCCUGGGUCUGAUCCACAUGGACUCUGCUAUCUCCCACCAACAGAAGGAGCAGACGGCCUACACCUCUGUAAGACACAGCACAUCCUUCUGACAGUGAUCGAACGCAAUCAUUGAUGUGUUAUUGGCCUCAUGUUGAUGAUAUGUCACUCCUCUGCAGAUCAUGGGUUCAAUGAGGGUCCUGUCGUUCAUAGCUAAUGGCUUCUACAUCUACUACCCCAUGCUUAUAUUGUUGCUCUGCAUUGCUACCUACUUCAGGUGAGUCCAGUCUGCUGUUUAGAUAUUGGAAUUACAUUGCAUUUGUAUAUUAAUAAUACUAGGAUACAUGAGGAUAUCAACUUACUGUUCUACAAGGAGUACUCCUCCAAUGACCCAAAACGACUGUCAGCACACAUGCAUACUGUGCAAGAACGUGUAUUGAUUUAUGACCCUCAUUGUUUCUGUAUGAACCCUUUAGCUUGGGCACCCGCUGUCUGAACCUCCUGGGCUUUCAGCAGUUUGUGGGAGACAAUGAAAUGACCUCUGACCUGAUUGAUGAGGGCAAGGAGCUCAUUCGGCGAGGUUUGGCACCACUUGAAUUAACCAUUUGACAGUGAAAAAAGCUUUGGUUUUCUGUGUAUAUGUUGUUGGCGACUAAAACAACGGUACUUAGUGAUUUCUCUGUGUUUCUGACAGAGAAAAGAAAGCGCCAAAGGAUAGAGGAUGGAGAGAACCGACGAAGGGUGAGUGCCUAGUUUUCAUUUCCCAUGCCCCUUUAGUGUGUGCGUUGGUAGUUAUUUUUUGCAAAGAAACAUCAAGAUGAUAACGUCAGGCUUGUGCCCGUAUUCUAGGAGUGGAAGGAGCGCUAUGGUAACACGCGGGAAGACACCGCCAGGAACAGGAUUAGAAAUGAAGCAGCAGAAAUGACUGAGACCAACUACUCUGAUACUGUCCCUAACACUAAUAGACGUGAGUGAAUGGUCGCAAAGCCUACUUACAUUACGUUGUGCUUGUUUUUCUACAGUUUGGCUAGAUUUUACUCACUGUUUGUUAAACAAUUAAUCACUGGUUCGUUUCCUAUUGUAGAGUCUUGUCUUAUCAUGAUGCCACUAAGGAUAUCAACCCCACAACUUCUUAAUAAAUCCCUUAAACAUGUAUCUGAAUUUAACUGCGGAAGGCAGUGAUAUGGUAUUGAUCGUUGUUUUUUCUCCAACAGAGGCAAAGUACUCUCGGACUGGCAGAGGAACAGAGAGAGACUCUAUAGAACUUCUCCAGGACGCAGAGCCUUUGGACUUCAAUGCAGAGACACUUUCAGAUGACCCUCUUGAAGCAGACUCCACCAGGUAAUAUGUCCUCCAGUCCCCACUCUAUCUAAUUUAAGUGUGGUAGUAUCACUUUCUGCUCUGCUGUGGUCGAUACCUGUAAGCAAAUCACACAGAAGUAAGUGUUGUUAAACAUAUACAGUAUGCUCACUGUGCCUCUCCAUGUUGCAGACAUGUACCAGGCAGGUACCUGUCCAUGUCCUCGUCACGGAGCAGAAUCUUUGAUGACGUUUGAGAGAAGUAGAGGGAGAGUCGAAUGAACAGGAAAGCUAGAAAUACACAUGCAUUUUCAUCUUCCACUUUUCAGGGAAGACGUUAUCUCUCAACCUCUGUGAAUGUAGCACAUGACCUCUAUCCCACACUGCACUGUAUCUGCUGCCCCUCGUGUCCAAUAGCUUGUCGCCUGUCAGAACACUCCAGUGGCUGUUGAUAUACACUUCCCCAUUAGGCAGGUAGCUGUCCUCCCCUGUGCCAGCCAAUGUGCAGCAUGUCAUGAAUGCAGACCUUUACCCCAUUUGGGCUUAUCAUUGUUAAUCCGUUUUGUCAUUUCAGUUAUUACUGAUGUGCAUGAAUUUCAAUUCAAGGUCCUCUGUUCAUUUGAUACCCCCUGGGAUAUUUGAAGUGUCUUCCCUCAAAGAUCUGGUUGAUGGGCUGAGCGAAUUGUUAAUAAUUUUGAUGAGAAGAUAAGUAACGUUAAUUACCACUAAUUAAGGAUAUUUUGGGGGGAAGACAUUAUAUAUACAGUAUAUAUUUUAUGAAGUUGUAUUUAUCUCCGAAAAGUUCCUAACUACCUACUUAUUUAACUGUGCCAGCAAAAUAGAAAUAGUUAGACAAAUUAUCAAUGUUUCAAUUAAUUUGUGUUGUCACUUGUCAGUCUUGUAUGAUUCUAUGAUUUAUGGUUCUGCUUUAUGGAAGGAAGGACAGUUGCUUGGGUCUGUUUCUGAAGCUGCUACCAUAGAAACCAAGUGUACAGUAUAGCCAGUCCUCUAUUUAUUGUAUAAUCUAUGUGAUCCAGCUCACACUGAGUUAACUGAAUUAACACAUGGUGUUUGUACUGCCCAUAGAGCUGAAUACUAACUUGAGAUGUGUGUUCUUAACUCACAUUUUUUUGUGCAAGUGAAUUGAUGUCGGAUUUGUGCAAAUCGGAACUCAAGUUCGAAUUCGGCCCACAAUGCUAGAGAUGUUGCAAUUGAUGAUACAGCUGAUACUAAAAAGCAAUUUACCAUUGCUGUUAAUUGUGACUUAUACUCUAUAUUCUAUUCCUAAUGUCAGAAUAACCUUAAACUUUUGUGUUUUGAGAAUUUAUUUGGUUAAAUUCUAUUAAGGCCUGUUUAAAAAUAAUUUGCAAUAUUGUGUCAUUAACCAUUGACUGCUUGACAUUAGUAAAGCCUUAUUUAUUGUCAAACUAUUUGAAUUUUAGGUGUUACGAAUCUACUGAAGUCUUUUUGGGGUAUCAUUGUGCCAUAUUGUUUUAUUUUUGUUUAUUUGACUGAAUUACGAAAAUGGCAAAUGCACAUUUUCCCAAUUAUGAUUAUAUUUUUGGUUUUAAUUACUUGGCUCAAUCAACAACAACAAAAAGUGACCUUCAAAUGUCUUGCAUUUUAAAUAUUUCUUCUUACAUUGAUCAAGAAGUCUUGCUGGCAGGUACAGCAAAGCAACAGGUCAUUACAUCUCUGAAAUACUGUACAUUCCCAAACACCUUUCAAUGCAGGGUCCCAAAAGUAGGACUGCACAAUGUGUCAACAUGAAAUAACUACUGUUUGAGCUUGGUUGGAUUGAGGAAUUCAGAUUUAACACACACACACACACUCAAUAGCAUGCAGGUUAAAUGCAUGAUAUUCAUAUUUGAAGGAGUUGGACAAUUAUCCUAAAAUCAUGUUAAAUUGUAAUUGAAUGUAAUCUGCUGUAAAUAAUAUUUGAGAUUUAACCAGUCUCUCUCCAUGUCUUUGUUAAUGAUACACUGUUGUAUAUUUUGUUUGCUUUUUUGUUUUAUAUGGUUAUUUUAAUAUAGCAGACAGAAAAGGUCAACACAUGUACAACAUGCUAUUUAUUGUAAAUUAAUUGAAUGGCAUCUGUUAACAAAGCUCACUGGUAGCUAUGGGGUUCCUAUUACUGAGUAAAAAAUGGUCAAGAGAUUAGAUGUCCAUUUAACUUAAUCUCCUUAAAAUCUCUUUUUGUAAAAAGUAAGAAAUGAAGUAAAGUUCCUAAUGAAUUAUACAGUGUGCUGUAGUGUUAGUGAGAUGGGUAACCUCACACUGAUGAUUUUGGUGAAGACGUUUUUGCUUUGUAUCUUGAAAUAUAUUAUGUACAGGUAUAUUUCAUUUUCUUUGCACAUUUAUUCUGAUGCUGGAAUGUUAUAAUUUAUUAAACCCAGGUGUUGGUCCUCUGUGUUUUUUUAAAUGUAGCAUUUAGACUAAAAUAAUGUUAUACCAGUGUUGUGGAAUAAAAUAAAGCAU